GAGUUUAAUUAUUUCAGAUUCUUUUCUAAGAUGGGGUUCACGUGUAAACAAUUCGUAAAAAAGAAUGCAUUGCUGCUUGCCACCGUAUCUGGUGUUGUUCUUGGCAUCGUGCUCGGUAUCGCCAUGCGGGAAGCAAAGCUAUCGCAGCUCGACAUCGCUUAUUUCUCAUUUCCCGGCGAUAUUUUGCUUCGUAUGCUCAAAAUGAUGAUUCUGCCGCUUAUCGUAUGCAGUCUAAUCACAGGAGUUGCCACACUUGAUCAAAAAGCGUCAGGAAAAUUGGGAGCUUUGGCUGUCACGUACUACAUGACAACUACGCUUAUUGCUGUGAUUAUAGGAAUUGUUCUUGUGGUUACAAUUAACCCAGGGAGAGCGGGGAAGGAAACGAUUGAUUCUACAGGAAGUAGCAUUAGCGUCGAAGCUGUCGAUGCUUUAACCGACCUCAUAAGGAACUUGUUUCCAGAGAACUUGGUUCAAGCUUGUUUUCAACAGUACCAAACAAUGAGAGAACCAAUCACAGAAGAAAGGAAUAUUACCUCAUUGUUGCCUAUUGUCAACGAAACAAUCGGUACAACAGUUGGUUAUCAAGUGACGACGGUUGUGGAACAGAAUGUGACAAUCGAUUAUAGAUUGGUUGGAAGUUACAAACUAGGUAUCAAUGUGCUCGGAAUGAUCAGUUUCUGUAUCACGUUCGGUAUUAUCAUUGGGAGAAUGGGAGAUGAAGGUGUAAUAUUGGUUAAGUUCUUUUCAGCAUUUAAUGAAGCCGUAAUGAAGAUUGUAGGAAUCGUAAUUUGGUAUGCACCGAUCGGGAUAAUCUUUCUUAUUGCCGGUGAGAUCAUGAAAAUGGAAGACCCAGCAAAGGUAUUGGAACAGUUAGGGCUAUACAUGGCGACAGUGAUUGCAGGACUAGCAAUUCAUGGGAUAUUAGUUCUGCCCCUUAUAUACUUUAUUGUUGUACGGAAGAACCCAUUCGCCUACUUGUCGGGUGUUCUUCAGGCACUUCUAACUGCAGUUGCAACAUCGUCCAGUUCGGCGACCCUGCCAGUCACGGUGAAUUGUCUCGAACAAAACAACAAACUUGAUAAACGAGUAACGAGGUUCGUUCUUCCAAUCGGAGCCACUAUCAAUAUGGACGGGACGGCUUUAUACGAGGCGGUAGCAGCCAUAUUCAUCGCACAAGCAAAUGGGAUUGUUCUGAACUUUGGUCAGAUAGUUACUGUCAGUGUCACUGCAACAUUCGCAAGCAUUGGUGCUGCUGGAGUGCCACAGGCUGGGUUGGUAACCCUCAUCAUCGUGUUGACUGCGGUGGGCCUACCAACUGAAGACAUUACACUUAUCCUUGCAAUUGAUUGGCUUCUCGAUCGACUUCGAACCACAGUCAAUGUUCUCGGUGAUUCCAUCGGCGCAGGUGUCGUUGCACACCUCAGUAGGAAAGAUCUUCAUCUCGAUUCUGAUCCUGACGAUGCAACUACUGACGUCACGGUGGAUAAACGACCACCAAGUUACACGAGUGACGUGUUCGAGAAUGACGCAAUGAAUGAAUCUAAGGAUCAAUUUUCUUUCACCAAAAUGUAACCAUCUGUAGUGUAGGUUUAAAAGAAGUUCAAAUCGUGUACAUUUACGUUUAUGAUUGUAGAAACAGAGAAAUGAGGUGUAAAUUACAAUUCAAGUUUAAAUGUUA